AUGUCGUCUGCUGAUGGUGGUGAUGCGGGGACUACUCAUGUCCAUGAUCCUAGUGAUGAUUCUGUUUGGCGACCUAGUGAGGGCGGAGGUAACGAACAAGGAAGCGGUGACUCCCGACCUCCUCCGCGUGAUGAUCAUGGCACCUCGCAAUGGGAUCACGCCCAUGACCCAUGGAUUACCAGCGACCAGGCUGGUGGGGCCAUUCCAGUUGGGGAGAUCGUAGCAGCUGGUGGCAAGGCUACGAUUGGCGAGACCAGAGACGAUGGAGCCUCGGGGAAACAUGGGGCACCUCGCUCUGCGGACGGCAGUGCGGGCAAUGAUCACAAGCAGGCCUCCGGAUGGAGCCCAGGAGACAAUGGAUGGGACGACGCCUCCAGAGGCGUCCCUCGCCGGCCCGAGAACUCUCGUGGGCCGAGCGAAAAGAUGGUGGUCCCCACUUUCGACGGCGAGAUCAACUCCACCUACGACGACCUCGGCUCCUCUGCAAGAUCGUAUGUUCGGCAGGUGAGCGCUUGGCGUCGAAUGACGCGUCUCAGCGCUGACCAACAGGCGCUUACCUUGUAUCAGAACCUCUCCGGCAAGGCUUGGGUGGACGCGGAGAAGUUGCAUAUGGACCGCCUCGCUGCUUCCGACGGCGUCGACUACUUCCUCGGAUGGAUAAAGGAGAGGUAUCUUGAUGUCCAAAUCACACAGGUGGGACGCAGCCUCUCUGGCUUCUUCCGAGGCCUCCGAAGGAAGCCUACUCAGACGGUCCGGGAGUACCUCUCGGAGUUCGAUCGCGCCUAUGCGCGACUCAAUGAAGUCGGGUGUUGCUUACCCGACGUGGCGGCGGCCUGGGUCUUUGUAGAUCGUAUGGGGCUCGAUGAACAAGCAGAACUCAACCUCUUAGCGUCCGUCGGGAACGUCUAUGACCUCCAGCAAUUGCAAAAAGCUGCAAUUGUGCACGAUCGCACCUUGCGGAAGCCCUGGGAGACGAUGCCCAAGAACGACAGGAACCCUCGCCGCGAAUGGCUGCCGAGGCGCAAUCACUCGGCUCUCCUCACCGGGCACGAAGAUGGCGAAGAGGACUUCCUCCAGGACGACGGCCAGGCCGAGAUCGACGAAGACGAGAUCGUCCCCGAGGACGUUGCGGCUGAGUACUACGAGACCUUCAUGACGCAUGAGUCGGCCAAACAACGAUAUAAGGAGACCCUCAAGCUACGUGGCAGCGACCCCGAAUCCCUGAAAAAGCUAUCCGAAGACCGCCUCCAAGCAGCGAAGGCGCGGUCAUACUGCGCAGGUUGCCGACGACGAGGUCAUUGGCACCGAGAUGCAUGCUGCCCUUUGAACAAAGCUGCGGCCGGGCCUGAUGGAGGACGCCAACAUGUUGUGCAUGUGACUUGGGACCUUCAGGACCAGGGCGGCCCCGACUUGAUGGCGAUUACAGACACGGCGUGCUCCAGGAGCGUCGCCGGGAUCCAUUGGAUCAACUCUUAUGUGGCUCUGGCAAAGCAGAAGGGUUUCAGCGUUGAGUUUGUGCACAUCCAGGAAGCCUUUCGCUUCGGAGCGUCUCGAGUGUUUGAGGCCCGCCAUGCGGCGGUUAUCUACUUCCCCAUCGGAGAGAAGAUCGUUGGACUCAAGAUCGCUGUAGUCUACGGAGAAGUGCCUCUACUGAUUUCGAGACCAGCUUUGGCACUUUUGGGAAUGAUUAUGGAUGUGGCCCGGAAUGUUGCCACCUUCCGUGCUGUUGGUGUCACAGAUUUGCCGCUGAAGAUGACUGAAACAGGGCAUCCAGCUUUCCCGGUCCAACCUGUGGACCCCAAGAGCCUGAAAGGACCUGCCAUGGACUGGCCGUCUCAGGAGAUCGGCAUCUUCUCGCGCGCUGAGCAAUACAUGGUGUUUGCUUUGGAUUCUGUAGAGCCUCUUCUAGAUGAAGCUCAUGUCCGUCGCAACAAAGACCCGAAGGCCCUUCAUGUCCUCUCCGAGAUGAAGAAGGACGAGCUGCUCCGGGAAGCGGCUGCACGGAACCUGCCGGUGAACCCCCGGUGGACGGUGGUCGAGCUCCGUUCGGUGAUUCAGGAGGACAUGGAUGCCGAGACGAAGUCAGCGCCUUCAUCCGCCCCUCCGGUGGGACUCUCCAAGAUGACCUUGCAAGAGCUGAAGGAGAAGGUGGUGGAGAUCGGCCUCGAGAUCCCUGCCAAAGCCACCCGGGGCAUCCUCAUGCGGAUGGUGCGGGACAACGGGGGCAAGGGCCCCGAGACUAUCCUCACCUUUGGGAGGUACCAAGGGAUGCGCUACAUGGACACCCCGAUCGGCUAUCGCACCUGGGCGGUACGGGAGGUGGUGAACAACGACAAUGCAUCGGAGGAUUUGCGGAUGUUCGCGGCCUGGUGGAAGGCCGAGACGGAGACCCGAGGAGUGGUGCAUCCGCCGACCUACGUGGACCCGGAGAGUGGUGCUUCGAUCCCCUACGUGCCGGACGAGUCGGAGGACAGUGCGGUUUGGGAAAGGGUGUCUUCUUAUGUUCCGGCGAAGGCCAAGGCGAAAUGGAGCGGCUACCAGCCGGUCCCACCGACUACGACACCGAAGCGACGUUCGGCACCUUCCGAGAGCAGUUUCUCGAACCGCUCCCGCAUGGAUCAAGACAUCCCGGUGGAGAUCUUGGACGAGGUACAGCACCUCGAGGAGAGGCUGGCAAUCCUACGCGACUACGACGAGAUCUACUUCGAGGACGAUGAGGAGAAGCUUGCCUUUCUUCGUGACCAGAUCACACCCUUGGGCGUUCCACGCGAGGACGCGGCCUACGUGAAGGAAAUCAUGAAUGAAGAGGUUGGCUUCAAGGAAACCAACCUGGAGAACUCCGACUUCUACCUGAACCAUGGUCCCGCAGAAUGUGUCCGAGAACAACAUAUAAAGGACAGUGCAGAACGUGGCUAUGAGUCUGCACCGGGUCCUGCUGGGCAUGUUCGCUUCGAGGAAACCAACCUGGAGAACUCCGACUUCUACCUGAACCAUGGUCCCGCAGUAUGUGUUCGAGAACAACAUAUGAAGGACAGUGCAGAACGUGGCUAUGAGUCUGCACUGGGUCCUGCUGGGCAUGUUCGCUUCGAGGAAACCAAACUGGAGAACAGCGACUUCUACCCGAACCAUGGUCCCCAUAUCCCAGAGAACGUAGGUGAGAUCUCUGUCCAGUCCAUCUCCGAGGUGCUCCAGUUAGGCACCGAGGAUUUCUUCGAGAUUGCCAGUGGUGAGGAGCAUUCAGUUGUCCAGGAAAAUUCAGAUUUUCAGGUUCUGGCUGCGUCCGAUUCCUCUUCAUCUACUACAACCUUGAGAUGUGAAGCCUUGGCCCGCGAGAAGCUGCGCGCAAAAGCCUUUUCUUUCACUGACCUCUACGAGAUCGUCCAGCUCAUGCCGCUCCGUAAGAUCAAGAAGCAUAGGUGCAUCAGCGGGGGCGCCGACGCGACGGUCAACUACUUCUUCGCUGGCCUAUACACCCACGGCGUCUUCUCCGGGAUCACAAAAGGAACGGAAGCACUGCCCUGGGUGACCCGGUACGUCAAUGCAUUCGGACGGGACAAAACCGAUGGCAGCUGGAGUUCGUGGAUCCUCAGCAAGAACGUCAAGUCCACCGUGCACGCCGACAGUCACAACCUCGUCGGCACCAACAUUACAACGAUGAGCUUCGGCGACUUUUCCGGUGGAGAGCUUUGGGUCGAAAAUGAUGCGAAUGACCUUGAGGGCGACGCCGUUUUCAGGACCGACGCCUUCAACACGACUUGGAAAGGAAAGCUUGUGUCUACCAAGGAGUCACCGCUCAUCCUCGACCCCAAGCGCAAGCACUGCACUGAACCAUGGAAAGGGGACCGAUGGACGUUGGCUUUCUUCACUCCGCGGGGUUUCCCGCAGUCUGCCCCGGCCCUACGAGACCGACUCCGAGAUCUUCGAUUCCCUCUUCGCGGCCUCCCCAUCGAGGAGCACCACCACGACUUUGCGCGUGCACCCAGGCCACCUAAGAGCACCCGCAAGGGGUUAUGGAAGGCGGCCAAGAGACUUGCCUCAAUGACUGCGUGGUGUACGAUGGCAGCUACCUCCUGGGCGACUACAGACUUUCCUCUUGGAAAGAAACAGGGAGCACCUACCCUCUUUGAAGUGGGCGAUGUCACGAAGACUCUGGAGGCUGGCGACUUUGACUACGUUUGUAUGGAGCCUCUUCUUCCGGAAGAUCUGGGACCGCCGAAUGUUUUCUCCGAGGCCAAAGACAACCUCAUGAAGUUCGAGCCGGAGACCGUGUGGGUCCAUGUUGAGAAGAUAAAGGGGUCUUUCGGUCCACUCCAGCAAGUGUUCGAGGCCCAGGCGUGCAGCGGGAGACCUUUGGUGUUUGAGCUUCCCGAGGACAAGAAUGACAUCACCAGCGGUGAGCUCGAAGAUUUUCUCGAAAAGUAUGACAGCCACAGCGAAAGCCAUGAUGGAAAGCGCCGCCUCGUGCGCAUCAAUCACCGGGACAACUCUUCCCCAGACCUCACGCUUCCUCAAGGAGAUCGAGCCAACUUCCUUUUCGAGUCCUACAUGGCCUCUGGAGGUGCCCGUGGAAGCGAUGAUCCUCCGCCGGAAGUCCAGGAACGAGGUGCGGAAGCCAUUUCUUUCACAAAGGGAGAAACGAUACCUGGACCGGUGCAAAGCUCCCUCAAGAGGUUACACCAGAACCUCGGACACGCGAGCCCGGGCGAUAUGGCUCGGCAUUUGCGAUUGGCUGGAGCCGAUCCUACGGUGAUCAGCGCAUGCAAGCGGAUGCGCUGUCAGGUUUGCGAGUGGCAACAACGAGGCGGUUCACCGAGACCCGCGAGCAUCCCCAACCUCCUAGAGUUCAAUCAGGUGGUCGCCUUGGACGCCUUUACCACCUACGAUGCUUUCGACGACAAGGUGGAGUUGCUUAUGGCAGUCGACCUCGGAACCGGUUUCUGCUUGGCGAGCGAGCUUGAUGGGCACUCCGGAAAAGCCAUGGAAGCCACCUUUUGCCGGAUGUGGAGCCAAACUUUUGGGGCACCGGGCACCCUGGUGCUCGACCUCGAGACAGGCCUCCAAGCAGGGCUUGCACGUUUCUCCGAGUGGCACGGGACACUGUUGCGUCCCAUCGCGGCCCAAGCCCAUUGGCAGCAAGGUGUUGUCGAGAGAUGUAUUCGGACUUGGAAAGAAUUUUGGGUGAGGACCGUCGAUGACAAGACUGUCACCCGGAAAGAAGCUCCUUUGGCUAUCACUUCGGUGAACUCCACGAUGAACACCCUCAGGCGCCAAAGCGGAUUCAGUCCUUCUCAGGCAGUAUGGGGACGAGACCCACGACUUCCCGAAGACCUCAGCGACCACCAGCUUUCAGAGCACUUCCACCAUGUCCUUUCCCAAGAUCGAGUACGUGCACGGGAACACACUUUGCGCGUGGCCGCAAAAGAGUCCUUCUUCAAGGUCAAGAAUGACGAAAAGCUUCGCCGUGCCCUAUUGCAACGGACAAGAGUCUCUGGCAGUGACCUCGAGAUCGGCAUGCACGUCUUCAUGUACCGGAAGCCCAAGGACUCCAAGAACUGGAAGUGGUUCGGCCCAGCUACUGUGAUAGGGCGCGAAGGUGGCAACUACUGGGCCUCUUUCGCGGGCCGGCGUCACUUGAUCGCCCCCGAGCACAUCAGGAUCGCAACUGGAGAAGAGCUUGGAGCAGCUUUCACGUUGCGGGCGACAAAAGAAGACCUCGAAAAGCUUCUGGAGGUGCCCUUUGCCGACGAGGAGAUUUUUGCGGGAGAUAAUGGUGAUCAAGGCGAUGAUGAUCUUGCGCUACCACCGGGAGACGGCGAUGCUAUGGACGACCAAGAACCCGAGGGAGAGGAAACCGUUUUCCCUCCUGUGGCCAAGAGAUACCGCACGAAAGGACCCCAGGACGCCGAGGACGACAUCUUCGAUGAGCUGUUGGUUUCCACUGUGGGCACCGAGAAUAAGGACCUCCAGACCGCCUACAUGAUGAAGCUUCCCAAGACGCCCCGCGCCAAGGAAAAGGCUCUGGAGAAGGAGAUUCCAUGGAGCCUCAUACCUGAAGAUCAACAUGAAGGCUUCAGGGCAGCCGAAAAGACUCAGUACGACGAGCACAUCCAGCACGAGGCGCUUGAACCGCUUUCCGUUGAGGAGAGCAGGGAGAUUUUGAGGACCAAGCAUGAGAGAGUACUGAGUAGUCGGUUCGCGUACAAGGACAAAUUUUGGUCCAAAAGAAAAGAACAGCCGAACAUCGGCUGGAAGCAUAAAGCCAGGCUAGUAAUAGCUGGACAUCGCGACCCGGACUUUAUGAAUGGCCUCAGCACGCACGCUCCCACCGUGUCCCGACAAGGAAUUCUACUUUUGCUGCAGAUCCUCGCUAGCAACCUCCGCCGAGGAUGGACAGGCCAUGCAGGCGAUGUUUCUGCUGCCUUUUUUUGUGGUGAGAGCCUUCAACGGGAACUUUUCCUUAAGCAACCUCGCUCCGGGCUUGGAGAUUUGCACCCUGAACAACUACUGCGAAUCAAGAAACCCAUCUUCGGGCUGGUCGACAGCCCUGCGUCGUGGUGGGGAAAGUUCCGAAAGUCUUUGAGAUUGCAUGGAGAAGACGGGCGCGUGUGGGUGAUAAGCAACUGCUCUCUGGACCAUUGUAUCUUCAUUGUCCAGGAGGAAGUCACUGAUGAAGAAGGACGGCGAGUGCUACGGGAACCCGAAGCCUACAUCGGGGUCCAUGUUGACGAUGUCCUCCUGGUGGGCGACAACGACCUGUGCCGCCUCAUCCAGAAGGAGCUCAGCGCCCAGUUCCCCAUCAAAGAGUGGGAAAGCGGAUCGUUUGAGUACGUCGGGUCCUACAUCGACAUCAAAGAGGACAUGAUCAUGGUGUCGCAGGCGAGCUACACGACUACGAGGCUUUUCGAAGUAGAGGUGCACAAGGAGCAGAGCGACGAGGACCCCGCCACCGAGAUCCAAAAGCACGACAACAUGUCCUUGAUAGGCGCUUUGUCGUGGUUGGCUAGCCAGAGCCGGCCCGACCUACAAGUGGGGGUGUCGAUGUGUCAGCAAAGGCAACGCGAGCCUCUGGUUGCCGACAUCAAGUUCACGAACCUCAUGGCGCAGAGGGCCUACGAGCACCAGAAGGAGGGCGUGCGCAUCUUCCCGAUUGACCUCAACCGGGCGACCCUCCUUUGUUUUCAUGAUGCGGGAUGGGCGAACGCUUCGCAAAAUCAGGAGGAUCCCUACUACAAGCUCACCCCCGAAGAGGACCAGCUUGGGAUGAUCACCAGUGGCCCCAUGAGUAGGAAUGAGGCCAAAGCGAAGCGUGCAAACUCGAGUGUGUGCUCCCAGUUGGGCGGGCUCUUCCUCCUCGCUGAUCGAGAAGUACUUCAAGGCGGGAAACACAAAGUGAGCACUCUAGACUGA